AUGGCGCCCUUCUACGCCAUCAUCUGCGGCGCAGGCCCCGGCCUUGGCCGCUCUGUCGCUCUCCGCUUCGCCCAAGCCUACCCCUUCGUCAUCCUCCUCUCCCGCUCCCAGUCGUCCUAUCAGCCCAUCGUCGACGAGAUCAACUCCAAGUCCAUCACCCCCUCCGCAGACUCGGGUUCCAAAGCCACAACCACCCGUGCCAUCGGCUUCUCGUCCGACGCAUCCGACCCAGAGGCUGUGGCAUCCGUGUUCGACAAGGUCAGAGCCGGCGCCGAUGGCUUCCUGCCCCAGGAUGCGAAGCUGGCCGUCGCCUUGUUCAAUGUAAAUGCGGGACUCGUCAUGAAGCCGUUCCUUGAGACCAAGGUGGAGGACCUAGACUUUGGCCUGGCCAUACCCGCCCGCGGCCUCUACCUCUUCGCCCAGCAAGCCCUCCCCCUCCUCCAGACCUCCAUCUCCGCCUCCCCUGUAAACCCGCCAACCCUCCUCAUCACCGGCGCAACCGCCUCCCUCCGCGGCUCCGCCAAAUUCGGCACCUUCGCCGCCGGAAUGUUCGCCCAGCGAGCCCUCGGGCAGUCUCUGGCGCGCGAGUUCGGCCCAAAGGGCGUGCACGUCGCCCUGGCCGUCAUCGACAGCGGCAUCGACGGGCCUCGGAUGCGCGCCAUGCUCGGCGAGGACGCCAAGAAGGCGGUGGAAGAGGACAAAGUGAUGAGUCCAGACGCUAUUGCGGAGAGCCACUGGCACUUACACGCACAGCAUCGGUCCUCCUGGACGCAGGAGCUCGACCUUCGCCCUUGGCAAGAGAAGUUCUGA